AUGCCUCCCACUCGUCAACGUGCACGUCGUUCUGCAAGACUUCGAGCUGAUGCUCGAGUGCACUCGAUGGAUCCUUCAGCACUCUCUGUACCUCCCUCUGAGGGACAAUCCAAGGUCCCCUCCGAAUCUGGACCACGAUUGACCAUCCAGUGGCAUAACGAAACUGCCCUAACAGAUGUCUUGGUGAAUUAUCUAACGUCUCACCCUGCUGAUUGUAGGGUGCUCUUUUAUUCUGAGGGGAAGAAGGCGAUGUCCCCCGUCAAUGACAGCCCCUCGGGCUCGGACAAAGGCCAAAUCUGUAGCGUUAUCGCUAAACUUAUCUUCACCAAUCACCCCAAAUAUGGUCACGCAUAUCACGACAAUCAGAAGAAAUUCCGCGAUGCCAUCAACAAUCGCAUUAACAGUCUCAGAACAAAAUACAAGAAGAUGAAGGCUAGAUUCGGUGACACAGGUGCCAGCGUGAUGCCGCUUGAUGGGACGGCUGCAAAAAAUCUUCUGGACUCAGUUCUUUCGGAGUUCCCGUGGUACACGGACCUCGAUGGAAUCUGGCACUCCAAUCCGUCAUUGGCCGCAAAGACUUAUUCCUCCAAGCCUGGCGUUGAUCACGCAGGUUCUUUCUACUCCCUGGUUCAACCACGUGGUGGGGCUGGUCCCUCCACAUCCUUUGGCGCUUCACCCUCUCCCACACAUUUCAGCGCUACACCAUCCGCUAGCGCUCAUAAUGUGUCUCCUCAUACCCAGGCGCGUACAUCAGAUCCUCAGACCCAGGCGCAUACAUCAGAUCCUCAGACCCAGGCGCGUACAUCAGAUCCUCAGACCCAGGCGCGUACAUCAGAUCCUCAGACCCAGGCGCGUACAUCAGAUCCUCUGUUUUACAGCGAUCCCCCCAUUGACCCACAACUCCUUCAACCUCAGACUCUUGCUCCCCCCUUCACACCCCCUCAAACACACCUUCCCGGCCUGCGCAAUUCCCCCGAUGUCACUAUCCUGGACGAUUAUGCUCCUGACUCCGGGAGUGGCCCGCUUAAUGCCCCCCUCGGCAACGCACUAGACUACCUCGACGACAACGACGAAGAAAUGCUGGAUGAUACUGGUGCCGGUAGCCCUCCCCAGGUCGCGGGGACAAAACGCCACUUUGCUGCAUCGCCCUCCCCUCCUCCUGACGCCCCCCAGCUGUUCGCAAUUCGCACCAAACUCCCAACGCCAUUAUACGACAGUCGCUCGGCAUUCGGCGCUCACAAGCCGUCAAGCCAUGGAGCGCGACGCAAAGGGCCAUCGGACAUGGCCCGCAGCAUGUCUACACCCUCCUCGACGACGCGCAAUACCACGCCGUCGUCGGACUACGUCAUCUCUCCCACCCCGCAGACCUCGCUGCCCAACAGUGGGGGCAGCUCGAAAAAGAAGGCAAGGUCGGAUGUCCAGGACCAGGUAGGCCUGGUCCGGGACGAGAUCGAGAGCCUGCAGUCUAGCGCCCUGUCGCGCCACGAGAGCAAGCACCAGCGCUAUCUCGCGAAGCUGGGUGCGAAGAGCGAGCACUCCCGAGACACGAAAAAGUACGAGUGGCUCCGCGACACUCGUGCACACGAGGCUAGUCAAGCUAGCCUCGUCCAUCAGCGCCAGCAGGAGGACAAGGACGCCGAAAUUCGCCUUCGUGAGACGGAUAUACGGGUGCACGAAGCGCAUUCGCUCAUGCUUGACAAGGAGGCCGAAACCCUGCGGCUCAAGAUACAAUACCACCAGAUGAUGCAGGGCAAUAAGGCUCCAGGGUUGGAUUGA